ACCAACCCGGCGGGGGGACACGGUAAGGAGGCGUCCAUCAUCUGCAGCUUCCUGUGAUUUAAACACAACACGCAAACCUGGUCAUAACUUUCUGAAUCAAUAAUGGCGUUCAGCAAGGGAUAUCGCAUUUACCACAAGCUGGACCCGCCCCCCUACAGCGUCCUAGUGGAAACCAGGACCAGGGAAGAAUGUCUCAUGUUUGAAUCGGGAGCCGUUGCUGUUCUGUCGGCUGCAGAGAAAGAGGCCAUUAAAAGUUCUUACAGCAAGAUAGUUGACGCUUAUGGAAUCCUGGGCGUCCUCCGCCUGAACUUGGGGGACUCCAUGCUCCACAGUCUGGUGGUGGUGACAGGAUGCAGCUCUGUGGGGAAGGUGCAGGACUCUGAGGUUUUCAGGGUCACACAGACAGACUUUAUAUCACUGAAGAAUGAUCCAGGAGACGAGGACCGGAUCGCUGAGGUGCGGAAGGUCCUGAACUCAGGACACUUCUACUUUGCUUGGUCUGCCAGUGGAGUCAGUAUGGACCUGAGUCUCAACGCACGUCGCAGGAUCCUAGAAGAUUCUACAGACAACCGCUUCUUCUGGAACCAGUCUCUUCACCUGCACCUGAAACAUUACGGAGUGAACUGUGAGGACUGGCUGCUGAGGCUGAUGUGCGGGGGGGUGGAGAUCAGGACCAUCUAUGCAGGUCACAAACAGGCCAAGGCGUGCAUCUUCUCCCGCCUCAGCUCAGAGCGAGCCGGCACACGAUUCAAUGUCCGGGGAACAAACGACGAUGGACAGGUCGCCAACUUCGUGGAGACUGAACAGGUUAUUUUCCUGGAUGAUAGAGUGUCCUCCUUCAUACAGAUCCGUGGGUCCAUUCCUCUUUUCUGGGAACAGCCAGGAAUCCAGGUUGGCUCUCAUCGUGUCAAACUCUCAAGGGGAUUUGAGGCUAAUGCACCAGCGUUCGAAAGACACUUCACUGCACUGCGGAGGUUGUACGGUAAGCAGGUGAUCCUCAACCUGCUGGGGAGUAAGGAAGGAGAACACAUGCUCAGUAAAGCGUUCCAGAGUCAUCUAAAGGCGUCGGAACAUGCGGCAGCAGUGAAGAUGGUGAACUUUGACUACCACCAAAAUGUGAAGGGAGGCAAAGCAGACAAACUUCACAGCGUCCUGAAACCCCAGGUCAACAAGUUUGUAGAUGAGUGCGGGUUCUUCUAUUACUCCGGAGAGUCCGGCAUCACAAGGAAUCAGGGUGGGACCCUCAGGACCAACUGCCUGGACUGCCUGGACAGAACUAACAGUGUACAAGCCUAUUUCGCCCUCGAGAUGCUGCCGAAGCAGCUGGAGGAAAUGAGCCUGACGGAGAAACCCCAGCUGGUGGCCCGGUUCCAGGAGGUUUUCAGGACCAUGUGGUCGGUUAAUGGAGAUUCCGUCAGUAAGAUCUAUGCAGGCACCGGGGCUCUGGACGGGAAGGCCAAGACUGGGAAGCUGAAAGACGGAGCUCGCUCUGUGACGAGGACCAUCCAGAACAACUUCUUCGACAGUUCUAAGCAAGAGGCGAUCGACAUCCUGAGACUGGGCUCCACACUCAACAGUGAUUUGGCGGAUAAAGCUCGGGCCUUGCUCACCACUUCCAGUCUUUACGCCUCCCCAAGGGUAUUGCUGGGAAUGUGUCAGAACUACCAUAAAUACACAAUGCCCAAGCAGAUCCGGGUGUGUGUCGGCACCUGGAAUGUGAACGGGGGUAAACAGUUUCGCAGCAUUGCUUUCCGCAACCAGACGCUCAACGACUGGCUGCUCGAUGCUCCAAAGAAGGCGGGGCAUCCUGAGUUCCAGGACAGCAAAGCCAACCCCAUAGAUAUAUUUGCCAUCGGUUUUGAGGAAAUGGUUGAACUGAAUGCCGGCAACAUCGUCAGUGCCAGCACCACGAACCAGAAGCUGUGGGCCGCUGAGCUCCAAAAAAACCUCUCACGUGACCACAAAUAUGUUCUGCUGGCUUCAGAGCAGCUGGUGGGAGUGUGUCUGUUUGUUUUCAUCCGCCCACAGCAUGCGCCCUUCAUCAGGGAUGUGGCCAUAGACACUGUAAAAACUGGAAUGGGCGGAGCCACAGGCAAUAAAGGUGGUGUUGCCAUCCGCCUCCUGUUCCACACCACCAGCAUCUGCUUCGUCUGCUCCCACUUCGCUGCUGGCCAAUCACAGGUCAAGGAGAGGAAUGACGACUACAAUGAGAUCACGCGCAGACUCAGCUUCCCCAUGGGUCGACUGCUUUACUCGCACGAUUACGUGUUCUGGUGUGGAGACUUUAACUAUCGCAUCAGCCUGCCCAACGAGGAAGUAAAGGAACUCAUCAAACAGCAGAACAUGGAGGCCUUGACAGCUGGAGACCAGUUGUUGGAUCAGAAGAAUGCUGGUUUGGUUUUCCGAGGUUUUAUCGAGGGAAAGUUAGAUUUUGCUCCCACCUAUAAGUAUGACCUCUUCUCAGAAGAUUAUGACACUAGUGAGAAGUGCCGCACCCCAGCCUGGACUGACCGUAUACUCUGGAAGAGGAGGAAGUGGAACUUUGACAAAACAGCUGACGAGAUGAAUAUAGUUGAUGCAGCUGCUACGUCUGGGGAGAAUGAGGAGGAUCCAGACAACCCUUGGUACCCCGGCACUCUGAAGUACUAUGGCAGGGCUGAGCUCAAGACCUCAGACCACAGGCCUGUGGUGGCGAUAAUGGACGUGGACAUCCUGGAGGUGGACCCAGAUGCUCGGCACCAGGUUUACAAAGAUGUCAUUGCCAUGCAGGGGCCUCCAGACGGAACCAUCCUGGUGUCGCUCUGCACCUCCGGCCCCGACGACUACUUUGACGAUGCCCUCAUAGACGAGCUGCUGGACAAGUUUUCUCAGUUUGGAGAGGUCAUCCUCAUCAGGUUUGUUGAGGAGAAGAUGUGGGUGACGUUCCUGGAAGGUUACUCUGCUCUCGCUGCUCUUUCUCUCUGUGCUUCCACUGUCCUUGGCAAAGUGAUUGACAUCCACCUGAAGAGUCCAGGCUGGAUCAAGAGUCUGGAGGAGGAGAUGAGCGUGGACAGGAUCUGUGGAAGUAUCCCCACCUCAGCCAGCUCCACUCUGCUGGCUGAGGACACGGACAUGGGCGACGAUGAUUACGAUAUGGAGGGUGAUGUGGAUGAGGAGGUGGAGGAGAUCCUUCCCCAGCACCUGCAGCCUGGAGCCGGCGUCGGCCCCGGGUCAUCACCUCUGCCGUCCCCCCGCAGCAGCCCCUGCUCCUCCCCGACCCAGGGAGAACCCUCCACCCCCAGCAGACCCAGUCGUUCACAGCAACCCUCCCGACCAUCGCAAGGGCCUCCUGUGGACUUCCAGCCGGGUGCCCCCACAUCUCUCUGCCUGGAGCCCAAGCGUGCCCCCCCCCCUCGUCCUAACGCACCUCCGGCCAGACCAGCACCCCCCCAGCGUCCACCUCCACCUUCAGCUCGAGGAGCAGCAGGAGCUCCUGCACCUGGAGGUUUCCCCAGACCGAAUAUCCCUCCUCGAGCCGGGGUGAUCAGUAUUCCCCCCCAGUCUCGCCCACCACAACCUUCUCACCCAGGAGCACCGAGACCGAUACCUGAAAUGCAUCCAGGGGCCCCCCGACCCAUCCCGGACACCCACCCUGGAGCCCCCCGACCUGCGCCCGGGGCCCUGGAGAAACCCACUGACCUGCCUCUGGGCCCUCCACUCUCAGGACCACCUCCUGCCGUGAGACCCCAGGCUCCAUCACAGAUGACGCCCCAGUCUCCAGCCCCCCCAGUUCAGGCCCAGCUCCCCCCACGGAUCCAGCCCACCCUUCAAGCUCCGCUCCUGCCGCAGCAGGCUGCACAUCCCAAAGGAGGAUUUCCUCCUGCUGCUGCUGCCGCCCCCCCAGCCGGACCUCCGCAGGGUCUAUCCUCUCCCAAACCCCCCCCACGCUCCCGCUCCUCUCACGGACUGCCGCCUGAGGACGCCAAGCCUGAGACGGCCCCAGCUGCACAGACCAAUGGACUGAACGGACUCCAAAACGAAGCACAAUGGAAGCCUGACCCCUUCGUCGCCCUCCUCUCCUCCUCUUCCUCGUUCUCCUCCUCCUCCUGGCACACGACCCAGUCCCUGACCAGAGGCUCCUCCCUGCGAGCCCCCCCCUCUGUCCCUCCAUCCACAUCCUCCUCCAGCACUCUCCCCUCAUCCUUCUCCCUGCAGCCCUCCGCUCUGUCAGACCUGCAAGCGCUGGAUUCAUCCUCCUCUUCCUCCCUCUCCACCCCGUCGCCGCUGGCCUCCACCUUGCUCCCGCCUCCUCCGGUCCCGUCUCGCAGUCGCUCGCAGGAGACGCUGCGUGCCUCCCCCAACCCCUUCCCCACCGAGUCGCUUCCUGCCCGACCCAACAGCACCAAUCCCUUCACUGGUCCGCUCUCGCAGCACCACCGCUCGCUCACCCCGGACUUCAGCGUCCAGCGUCCCCCCCCGGGAUCGAACCCUCAGAGAACCAUACCCGCUCUCUCUCAGCCACUCGUUCCUUCCUUCGCCUCCCAGCUCCAGAGGACAAUGUCCCUCUUUACACCUUCAUCCUUGCUCACUCCUGCCCCGGCUCCUCUGGCUCCCUUCACCUCCGACUCAUCCCCUGCUCCUGCCUUGCCUCUGGCACCGCCCUCCUCCAUCCCACCGACCAUUGCACCUCGCGUCCAGCUUCCUCCACCGGGGGGGAAACCAACCAAGCAGUGGGUCACCUUCGACGAUGACUUGGAUUUCCCAACCACGGAAAAAACACCACAAAUCCCGGUCGUCCCUUUCAAUUCCCUCCCGCCCCAAACUCAGACUCCUCGCUCCGUGUUCGACUCGGAGCCCGACUGGUUGUCCACGCCCCCUUCGGCGUUCCCCACCCUCCCCCCUCCUCUCUCUGCCAGAACUGCAACUGCUAACCCCAAACUCCCAGAGGGUCCCAGUGACAGCGGCUUCUUCUCCGGGGAGUCGACAGAAAGAUAGGAUCACCCUUAAUAUGUAGAGGGAAUAUCCUGAUAUGUAUAGACCAAUGACAAAAUGUGUAUAUGUUUGUGUGUAUGUACAAAAGAGACAGUAUUUAAGUAGUACAGACCAUUCCCCUUCUCAAACCCAGGAAAGGAUUUAUAUCUCGAGCAGAAUAAGGAGACGCGCGUUCCAACCUUACCGCACAGAUAUUAGCUUGUUCCCUGAUAUUUACGCUUAUUUUAAUAUAAAUCGUUCCGAUGUUUAUUUUUUAUCCAUGGCAGCAGACGUGCCUGUGUCUACAGUAUACAGUUAAACAAAGUAUAUCUAUUCGCACAAAUCAUUUGUGUAAGCACCCGUGCAAUAUCAAGACACGUCUCUGGCUGUGAAGCACCCCCCCCUCCACCUGCGAGGGUCAAUGUUGCCUCCAUAUUAACGAACACGCCGCGGUUUACAUCCCUCGUUUCUGACUGAUCUGUGCAUCCGAGGAGAUGAUCAUCUUCUACUUUCUCAAUUUUGUCCUGUAGAUUUGCAGUUAGAUACACAGAUAUACUUGUAAGUGUGUUUUUUUUGAGGGGGAGCCAGGUUAAAAGUCACAUUGUGUGCUAGCUUUUUUCAUGAAUGUACUUUUAUGUUGCACUGGGUUCGGUCACUGCCUCCUCGCUGACGCCACAGCGGCGGCGUGACUCGGCGUCAAAGUGAAACUGCUCGUCCACCUGAUGGCAACACACAUUCUCUCUCUACUCAGUCAUCACUCUGUCUAUAGGCCGCUCUGCUUAGCUGAAUAUAUUUUGUAGCUCUAUAUCAAACACCUAUACAUAGUGGUUAUGUAUAUAUUAACGUUUUCAAUAUGGAAACCCUUGGCUAAUUGUGCGUGUGUGUUUUUUGUGAUAACCGUAUCAGUGGUUUGCACAAUGUACCUGAUAUGCACUGAUCUGCUGAACGUGCAACAAGACGACAACGACAAAGACGACAACCUGAACCGACGAGAGGGAUUUCUUCCUCAUUCCCACUUCCUCCUUGAUUUAUCCAAAGCAUCAAACCGUGCUGGUGUAGAUUCAGAGACUGGGGCUCGUGUGUGUGUCUGUGUGUGUGUGUGUGUGUGUGUGUUUGCUUCCUACGAAGAUUUGAGUCUGCGAGCGUGACGUGAAACGCGUCGUGCGUAAUAAUAAGAGGGAACAUCCACCAAGCUUUUACUUUCCGAAAAAACAUUUACUCUAAAUACUCUAUUGUUGAUACUGUGGUGAGAAGUGACGUGUCGUGUUUGAGGUGCAUAUCGUCCGUUUCUGUGUUUGCCAGUGUUUCUGUUUGGAUGUAAGUGUGUGUACAGGGUUAACCGUGGAACACCGGAGCUUUCCCUCCUCAGAGGUCUUCUCUUAUAUAAGAACAUAUUUGCUUACAGGUUCAGAACUUUGCAGCCUCUGUAUUCACUCACUCGUGGCUCUAAUCGUAUUCCUGCUCUCCAGUCUGCUGACAACAAAACACCACUGUAUGCGAAACAGCAAACAAUCCAAGACAAAGGACUUCAUUCCCCUUUCAGAGCAGCCGCCACCUGAGUGAGAAUUCCAGCGCUACUGGAAGUUCACUACGUAUACAGACUCUUAAAAACUCCACUGUACGGUCGGACCCUGAAUGCGUCGCCAGAGAACGUUUUCCAGUCGGGUUGUUUGUUGUGUUGCUCCCGGGUCGCCGUGCGGCACACAUUCCAGACGGGAGUGUGAUCCCAGUGUUGGGUGUCAAAUUCUUCCACAUGUGAUAUCUAGCUGUUUCCCUCUGGUUUGAGAGCCCCGGAUUCCUUAAUCAUUCUUAAGGUGUGCUUGUGUGUGUGUGUGUGUGUGUGUGUUGUGUUGUCGAAGGUGACGUGUCAGUACUUCAUUGUUCACCUACUUCACUCGGUUGACAACGACGACAAGCAAUAGUUUAGCGAAAAGAGAUCCGUGAGAGCCUGGUGCUCCCUAACACGACACACAGCAGCUGAUGAAGACCGAUCAGAUGUGUCUUCCCUUCUCAGAUCUACAGUAAUGAUUUAAUUCAAAGCAUUUCAAUGGUUCAUGGAGGAUAAAACGUGCGAACCAGGAAAGCACCAGCUGAAUAAUGCUUAUCGCGCUCUAUCUAAACACAUGAUUAUGAGUAAAAACCUAUAUCUGCAUUAACAGUAGACGACUAGCCAGUGCUUUUGUGUCACGUCAUGUUCCGAGAGGAAAUUUUAUAGGAAACAAUUUGCUCCUUUUUGUGAGGUCGGUGUUCCUUUUUAUGGCUAUAACCCCCCCCCCUAGUGUAUAAGAGUCUGUGUUGUUGAACAUAUUCUGUGCGUAUUCAAGAGAAAACAUGACGCUGCGACUCGUGUCAAUAUCCCGACGUUCCAUAUUUUAAGUGCACAGCUGAUUGCACAAUUAUGUAUGAAGCCGUUUAUGUUGUAUGUAUGCAAAAAUAAAUGUUCGUUGACCUGA